UUCUACAAAGAUGGAAACAAGCUCAGUCCCUUGUCCACAAGGCAGGGCUUUAGGUUGGCGGUUUCGAGGUUGUACCCCAACAUGCAACCAUUCGGCAUGCACAACCUGCGAAGGCUCACUUGGCCUUGGGGAAAGGGAACCCUGGUGAACCUCAUGCCCAAGUGUCCCUCCGGCCGCCUCCGCAUUGACGACCCUUCCCCGACGGACUGGCGCGUCAUUUCGCAGGGGGAUACGUACGAGACUUGGGUUAAACGCGGCCAUGUCAGCAGCAAACGCCACAGCCAUUUUGAGACUCCAAGGUCUGAUCCUCCCUGCCGAGCACAUGUGCCCGGAAGACGCCGACAGAUUCCUUCGCUUCGUUUCGCACAUGACGCCCAAUGCACCACCUCAAGCUCCACAUGCCGAGCCUGACCGGCGGCAUCAACGCCAGAGGUCGCAUGAGGACGUUCCGCAAGCGCAUGGAGAGCAUGACCCAGCUGCGGGAAUCGUGACUUGCCGACGGUCUCGGCAUUUGGACUCGGCCAACCAUCCCCAGGGUCAAGGAUCUGUACACGACCGAGGCAGAGUUCAGGAGCUUUGCCACCGCGAUUGCCGACAAGUGCUCUCGAAGCUGGAAUUCCUGCGCAUUCUCAAUCGCGCAUGGAUCGCCACGAGGUCCAAUAUCCCGGGCGUCCCUGCCCGUGUUGAAGCCACUCCCGGCGUGGCAGGUUGAGCACAAGUUGCCGGAGGCUUUCGACUGGAGCAAGCCAAAGGUAUUCUGGGGAGGUGAACGGCUUAAACGACAUGUCUUUUAACAGAGAU